UGGUGCCUCAAAGGGGCCGGGCUAGAUGCGCUGAGGGUCUCGGUUCCGGGCUCUUGCUGCUUAAGUGCUCGAACAAGCGAAGCGGUGUCCGGCUCCCCCGUGGCCAGGUGCCGGGAAACGCGGAGCACGGCGAUCCAGAUAGUGAAACAUGCCUAAAAAAAAGACUGGUGCUCGUAAGAAAGCCGAGAACCGUCGGGAACGUGAGAAGCAGAUAAGGGCUUCACGAGACAACAUAGACUUGGCCAAACAUCCUUGUAAUGCUUCAAUGGAAUGUGAUAAGUGCCAAAGACGACAGAAGAAUAGAGCUUUUUGUUACUUCUGUAAUUCUGUUCAGAAGUUGCCCAUUUGUGCACAAUGUGGAAAAACCAAAUGCAUGAUGAAGUCUUCAGACUGUGUUAUAAAACAUGCUGGUGUGUACAGUACUGGACUAGCUAUGGUGGGUGCAAUCUGUGAUUUCUGUGAAGCCUGGGUGUGUCAUGGGAGGAAAUGUCUCAGCACCCAUGCGUGUAUGUGCCCCCUGGCAGAUGCAGAAUGCGUUGAGUGUGAAAGAAGUGUCUGGGACCAUGGAGGCAGAAUAUUUGCCUGUUCUUUUUGCCAUGAUUUCCUCUGUGAAGAUGAUCAGUUUGAACAUCAAGCCAGCUGCCAAGUUCUGGAAGCAGAGACAUUUAAAUGUGUCUCCUGUAACAGGCUGGGACAGCAUUCCUGCCUGCGUUGUAAGGCUUGUUUUUGUGACGAUCAUGUGCGAAGUAAAGUUUUCAAGCAGGAAAAAGGGAAAAAGCCUCCUUGCCCUAAAUGUGGCCAUGAAACUCAGCAGACAAAGGAUCUGAGCAUGUCAACACGCUCUUUGAAGUUUGGCCGACAGACUGGAGGAGAAGAUGCAGAUGGAGCUUCUGGUUAUGAUGCCUACUGGAAAAACCUUUCCUCUAGCAAGACUGGGGAUGCAGGCGACCGUGAGGAUGAAUAUGAGUAUGAAGCAGAAGAUGAUGAUGAAGAUGACAAUGAUGAGCGAGGGAAGGAUUCAGAUUCUGAGGCCACAGAUGUAUUCAGCAAUUUGAAUUUAGGAAGGACCUAUGCUAGUGGGUAUGCACAUUAUGAGGAAUCAGAGGAUUAAGCUUAGUAUGCUGGUAAGCUAAAAACAUUUUGAAGGAGUCAAGCAAUGCUUCACUGAAUUGUGUACAUGCCAGUAGGAUAGCUCUAUCAGGUACUUACACAUCAGAGUUAGAGAAUAAAGAGUGUGGGACUUCUGCAGUAAGUCUGUUGGACAUUUUUCCUGUAGAUGAACUGAUGUUUUGUUUGGGAAUGGGGGAGAAAAUCAGGGUAAUUUUAUUCCCCUAAACAACAGAAUAGUUUUGUCCUUGAGUAUAAUGGUUCAAUGCCAUUUUCUCCUAUCAACACAGGAAUGUGGGACAGCUAUAGAACUUGCUUCCAUUUGCCCAUCAGAAAUUAAGUUAUUUUUUACAAUAAUUUUGUUAACUGAUUUCAUACAUUUAUGCAGUGGUGAGUUGGUGACUGCAUUUUUUUUGGUCUGCACAAUAAAAGUCAACUGUAUUCUCUAAUGAACUGUCAUAAAUAUUGAUCUCCCUUGAAUAGUUGGAAAGCAGGUUGUAUACAAAGUGUAAAUUGACACUGAAAUUACUUGCUUGUUUAUGUCAGUAUGGCAGAUCAAUGUAGUUCCCUAUGUAUUUGCAUAUCAUCUUUUCGGUGUUUUUCUUAUUAGCUAUUAAUUGCUUGGGCUAUAUAUAGUCAUUAUAAGAGCACUCCAGAUAAUCAAAACUUCUAUGGAAAUAAAAUGUUAGUAUCCUCUCUGCCACAAAAAUCUGUAAGGCAAUUUCCCAUUAGAUGAAAGGGAGACUGUUUUCAUCUGUACCUAGCCUUCAACUCUUUUCCUUGCAUAUGAUAAGAAAAAAAAAUACUAGAUAGGAAGCAACGCCAUAUAUGAGCUGAGAAGGUGAGAAAACAUGGGGGCUUCAAAAUGCUGGGUUCAAAUACUGUUCUGUGCAAGCCUGCCUGUACAAGGCAAUUGAUCACUUCUGAGCUGUGACACCUGCAGAAGUGUUUGCAGUGGUUCUAGUUUGAAAGUAAACAUGUUAAUUGCCCAUAUACAGAUCUAAGUGAUGGCAUUUAUUUUCUCUAUGUAGGGGAAUGUUUUACAGCACACAGGUCAUGGUACAAGGGCAACCACCGAAAGUGUUGCUUCAGCUUUCUAAUUAAUGCAAGAGAGCCCUUUUUGUUAUCUGUCAAAUACCUGAACUGAUUAUAUCAUUACCUGCUUUUGUGGUGUUUCUCUACUUUUUUGUAACAGCUAAAGGUCAUGUGUUGGUAGAGCAUACCCUAUUGAGAGUAGUUUUUAAUGAUGUUAGGAUUGCCAAAUGAACAUUUCGUAGCAAAACAGGAUUGGAAAACCUGGUCUUGAUACUUCCCUCCUAAAUGCAUCUCAUACCAAAUAUGUGAAAGAUGAGAGCUCCAGAGAGAUCCAUCUAGGACAAAAACAAACUGCUAAAGAGCAGAACUUGGUAAUGGCAGCUGAGGGAGCAGCUCUGUAGGAGAAGGGGGCACAGCUGGUGAGUGUAUGCCUUUGGAACUGGAGAUGAAACAAGUGAAUGCACUGUCUGAAAGCCAAAUCCCCUUCAAACAUUGAAACAUCCAGUAUCAUAUGCAAAGGCCUGUCUUAAAUGAAGUACCUGAGAGAUGUCUUGAUCAGUCUUUUGCAUAACCAGACAUGAAGUGAUGGAAGUGGGACACCUGCCAAUUCAACUCCGAUUAAUUUCUGAAAUUGGCACAUGUGAGAGAAUUUCUGUUCAGCUUCAUAUGUUCCAAAAACUUCCACAUUGAGUUCAUCUGUGACUGGUCAAUUCCAGCAGCAAUGUCAGUUUUUAAAUCUUGGUUGGUGUUUCAAAUGCAAAACACUUAUCAGUACCAAGUCCUCUACAGAACCGAGGAAAAUACAUGUGUUUCUGCAUAUAUGUAAAAUUA